AUGAACUCUUAUUGGAUCGGACCGAAUAACGAGGUCUCUCAAGUUGUAAAUAACAAUGACCACGACGAAGAGGAAGAUGAAGAAAAGUCUAUAACAACACUACCAGUAGAAGUAACCACAAUAGCAUCAUCAUCACAACAAGAGGCUUCUCAACAGCCACAACAAAAUAAUACUGCAUCAUCAAUUCAUAACCUCUCAACUUCGGACGAAGAUCUGAGUGGAGUUGCAACCAAUUUAAACAGUUACAUGGACCAUAUAUUGAAAACCUGUUAUUUAAAUAAUUUAAUUGUAUCAUAUUGGGACAACAGCAUGGGACCUCGUCCUCUACAGGUAUGGAACGGAUCUAUUUCAAGAAGAGAAUACUUGAGCGAUGAUAACAUCAUGUUCAUUACAAGGUUUUCUUUGAUGGAUGACAUGCCAAGAUAUGAAGAAGUUGGAUCAAAUAUUGAAAUCAAAUUUAAUAUCAUGUCAGAUCUAAAUGUCAUGGUUCUUACUGCUGUUUUUUGCAGUAAAAAUUGGGAAAAGGUGGGCUCGAGAUCAUUCUUUAGGAGAAAGGCAGAUCCUCCUCCUACAUUAUUUACCAUAAGUUUGGUAAUGAAUCGAGAUAAUCUUUCACGAUACAUGGUGAUCAAUUUUAUAAUCAAGGAAAAACUAAUUACUCUUGCAAAAAUAUUGCAACAUUUUGCUGAUAUAUAUAUGAGCUCGAAUCAAGCAGAAGUGCUUUCAAAUUUUACACCUCACCUCAAUGAAUUUAUUCAGCUGUUUGAUACAUUAAGCAAGAUUGCAUUCGAACCACCUAAAUUUAAUUUAUUCUAUACUCUCUUUCAUGAAGAGUCAUCCUUGAAGAGGUUAUACGAAAAUGAGGAAGACAAUUUAUUCUUUCAACGAGCUGUCACAUCGCAUUUAGAAACGCAUGGAUAUAGUGUUGUAGUAGGAACACCCAAUCAACUGAAAGAAAUUAAUAUUUGGGUCAACACUCUUGCCAUGUUUCUCUCGCAGCAUGAAAAACAGCUCAUUAAUCAUGCCCAAAAAAUUGAUGUCACCAAAAUUAUCACACCACAACCUCAAACUCAAACACGAUCAUUCUUCAAGAAAAUCACUCAAAGUGGCAACGUAAAGUUAUUGAACCCUAGCAAUGUUUUUAAACCGGAAGUAUUUGUGCAAGGACUAGUGACCACUCCAGACCUGUCUCACUGGAAAGAUUUAAUACCUACAAAGUGCCUACUCUCUGGAAGAUAUCCAAUAACUGUUGUAGAUUUAAAAGAGAGAAAAGUUUUUUCAUUCAAAAAGUAUCACUAUUUUCAAGCUUUCAAACGAGAAUAUUUCGAAGAGUCUGAAUCAAAGAACAUUUUAAAUGACUUUGGAGUACAGACCACAGGAGGAGACAAACAAUUCAGAGACCAUUAUGUGGAAUCAAAACGAAUAUGCACUAGCGUGCAAGAAUUAUUCUAUGUAUUACUACGAGUGAUUCCAUUAACCAUCUAUCCCUCAAUAAGAUGCUCUUUGAUUUCAGAAUUUGUACGAUUAUUGAACAGAAAGGCCAUUGCACUUGCAAGAUAUGUACACUCAAUGAGAAAUAUUGAGGCUAUGAACCCUGACAAAAUACAACGAAUUCUCAUGAAGCAUGUAAUGAUUAAUAAUAGUGUACAGAAGUAUCACAUGCAUGAUUUGACGUCAGAGCUGUUUGUCAUAAUGGCAACAGCAGAAAAAUUGCAGCAUGGUGUUUACACGAUGAUAACAGGAGACCCUCAACUUGAAGCUUUCAAUGUCGUAGAUUUUCUUGAUUCCACAAGCAUGGCCUUUGACAUUUAA